GGGAGGGGUGAGCACCGCCCUCCGGCGCGUCACAGGUCCGGAUGACAGGGGCUGUGGGAGGCCGUCCCGCGCACGCGCAAUAGCAGCGCGCUGCCCCACAGCCCCUCGGCCCCCGCUCGCCAGAAGCCCCCUCCUCGAAACAGGCCGCGGAGGACAGCGGAGAGGAGGUGCGCGCGCACGCCCGCGUGCGGCAGGGUGCGAUGAACUUGCUGCGGCUCGUGUGCCGGCACCGCACGGCGCUAGCGCUGGCCGGCUUGGCGCUGUCCGCAGGCGCGCUGCUCUGGCUGGCCAGGUGCGCGCCCGAGGACCCGGCGCGGGUCGGCCGCGCGGCCGCCGCGGCGCAUGCGCCGGCCGGGGCGGGCGAGCCCGCGGAACGCGCGUUCCUGGCCGUGCUGGUGGUGAGCGCGCCCGCGGGCGUCGAGCGGCGGAGCGCCGUGCGCGGCACGUGGUUGGAGGGCGCGGGGCGGCCCGGGCCUCUGGCGGACGUGUGGGCGCGCUUCGUAGUGGGCACUGCCGGGUUGGAGGCGGCCGAGCGGCACGCACUGGAGCGGGAGCAGGCGCGCCACGGCGACUUGCUGCUGCUACCGCAGCUGCGCGACGCCUAUGAGAACCUGACGGCUAAGGUGCUGGCCAUGUUCGCGUGGCUCGACGAGCACGUGGCCUUCGACUUCGUGCUCAAGGCCGACGACGACACGUUCGUGCGCCUGGGCGCCCUGCGCGACGAGCUGCGCGCGCGCUCCCCAGAGCAGCGCGGCCGCCUCUACUGGGGCUUCUUCUCGGGGCGCGGGCGCGUGCAGACGGGCGGGCGCUGGCGCGAGGCCGCCUGGCUGCUCUGCGACCACUACCUGCCCUACGCUCUGGGCGGCGGCUACGUGCUCUCGGCCGACCUGGUGCGCUUCGUGAGCCGCAACCGCGACGUGCUGCAGCGCUGGCGCAGCGAGGACGUGUCUCUGGGAGCCUGGCUGGCGCCCCUCGACGUGCUCCGGGAGCACGACCCGCGCUUCGACACCGAGUACCGCUCGCGCGGCUGCAGCAACCUUUACCUGGUGACGCACAAACAGAGCCCCGACGACAUGCGCGCCAAGCAGCGCAGCUUGGCCCGCGAUGGCCGCCUGUGCCCGCAGGAGCUGCGCCUGCGCCUUUCCUACAUCUAUGACUGGGACGUGCCGCCCUCGCAGUGCUGCCGGCGCCGCGAGGGCAUCCCCUGAGUGCCCCAAGGCCGCGGGUCCGGAGCGGCAGGAGGACCUUGAGCCGCCGCACGGACUCGGAGGCCCCUCGAUGGGCGCGGCGGCGGGAGGAGGGUCAGCGCGGCGGCGGGAGGAGGGUCAGCGCGGCGGCGGGAGGAGGGUCAGCGCGGCGGCGGGAGGAGGGUCAGCCCGGCCGAGCUGCAGCGCCCACGCCGCCCCCGGCUGCCCCCUCGGCGUGGCCUGGGGGCGGAGCGGCAGCGAGAGGAGGACCGCGAGCCGAGCAGGGUACUGUGGGCUGCCGGGCUGGACGCCUGCCCUACUGGGGCCUCCCGGCGCCCCCCAGAGACGGCGCUUCCCCUAGAAGUAGGGGCCUCCCGGGUUCGCGCUUCUCCAAACCCUGUUUGGGGACCAGCUUCGCCCCCGGAGCGGGCUGAGACCGCCGGAGACGUCGCGUCGGAUGUUCGGACGUGAAACGUGAUUGAUUAUUUGCCAUCUCUUAGGUUUAUUUAUUGAAAGUUGCACACGGUGGUCACCGGACCUUGUCCUAAUUCUGAGCCAGGCCAGCCUCCCCAGCCCUGUUACCUAGGAAGGGGGAGAGAGACUUCAGAAUACCAGUCACUGAAGCUGACCUCUGAUUUAGUCAUUCAUGCCAAAGGAAUCAAGACUGUAUGUUCUAGGGUGGGACUGAAUAAAUUUUUCUCGUCUCAUUCUAAACAAAACUAACGCUUGAAGGAAAAAAAUCAUUUUAAUGGUUGAAAAGGAAAUCACUUUUUGACCCUUUUUACACCGUUGAGGUAAAAAUAUACUUGCCAAGACAAUUGUGACUCCUUAAUCUACUCUUCUGCAUCUGACACUAGCGAAAUCAGUUGUAGUAGGUAAAACUUGUUUGGAUUUUAUUUUGGAGUUAUUAUAUUUAAUGGGCUGCUGGCUGGUACGUCUCUAGGGGAAGGCAGUACUGUAAAUACAGGUCAGUGCUUAACUGUGACAUAUUUAUAAAUAUUGUGAAUGUGUAUAGUGAGGAGCUUAAACUGAGUGUGAGGUUCCCAGUAUUUGAGUAGUAGUUAAUGCUUUUAUUCUUCAUCUGUCUUAACAAAACUUCACAUCCACGGGUGUACAGUUUGUUUUUAGGUUCAGAGUUUUAUAAUCCCAAAUUGCUUCGUGUCCAUUUAAAUUGGCAAGGACAUAGGAACCAUCCAUUUAUCUUAACAGUUUACAUAUAUUGUCUCUUGUUAAAGCCUCUCCUUUUAAGGCUCCCUCGUUGAAGUGAAUAGUUACGAGCUCCUCAAACCAGGCAGUGAGAAAGGCUUCUCUCUCUUUAGCAUGGAUCUGAGCUUCUUCAAAUCCUGGAAAGACCCUUUUCUCAUGGUGAUACUAUUUCCUUUAAAAAAACAAAGAAAAAGGUUCCUAGGAAAUGACCCUGGCCAGUAGCCUCCCGUGCCUUUUUCUUUUUCUCUGGUAAAUGGAGAAAAAUGAAUUCUAGUCCUUGUAAUUAAAAUAGGGUAAACCUUCAUUUUAUUAACUGAUUGCUAAACUUAUUUUAAGUUUUUUUAGCGAUAUUUUUGAGACUUUUUCCUUUGUGGUUUGUACCUGAGAAGAUAUUAUGCAUUCAUCUGCUUACUAGACUUGUUAAAACCCAAGUUUAAGUCAUUUCAUUUUUAAACAAAUUUUAGGAGUUAUGAGGAUUCUAAAAUAAUUACAGUGUUUCUUCAAAUUUUAAGUUUUAUUUUUCUUUAUGAAAAAAAGAAAAUGGUGUAAGAACUUUAAAACCCCUUUUUCCAGGGCAGAGUGAGUGUUUACAUGGAAGAAGCACAAGCACAGACCCGGAGGGCCAGCAAUCUGUAUAACCUUGGGCAAAUAAGUACACCUCUGUCUCCCUGUGUAUAAAAUGUGUUCCCUGUGUAUAAAAUGAGGUGUUGUCUCCAAGGUCUCUACAGGACCUGAGCUCCAUAAGUCUAUGAGAUACAUUCAGUGGAAACAUCCAGAAGAACCAGUCCAUGUCAAAGAAUCAGAAUUAAAAGCUGCUUUC